AUGCAAAAGCCAACUACACCGUCAACUUCGCGGCUUGCCCGGAACUCGAGGAGAACGCGUGGCAUGAACGAGCCGCAGGGCAAGGAGAUGCUCGCGAGUGAUCUGCUCUUCAAGACGGACAUCGACGACGGCGAGGAGCUCAUCCAGGUCCUUCCCGAGGUCAUGUUCGGCCGCCACUGGUUGCCUACCGUGCCGGACAAGUGGGUGGAGAGACAAUACGGUGCUCUUGAGCAACCGCGGCCCGAUCAUGCUGUCGGCUACAUUACCCAACAAGAUGCACACUCGAUGGAUCCGCGCUCAAAGGCGGCGCUGGAGCGGACAGAGGAGGACAAGAUUACAAGGCACGCGUUGACUACUCAGCUUCACUUCCCGUUCCUUACUUGCCAGUGGAAGAGCCAAAGAAGCGGAGAAGGCCACUAUCAUGCUUCGCUACAGGGUGCGCGAGACGGUGCAGCCAUCGUGCGCAGUCUCCACGACUUCUACAGAACCGCACAGCACACGCCGUCGAUCGUCGACACGGCACAUUUCUCGCUGACUACCGAUACCGACAGUGCGAAACUUUGGGUGCACUGGCUCGAGACCAAAGAAGAUGGAGGAGCGGACUAUCACAUGGAGCUUAUCAGUCAGGCCUUCUUAAGGCCGCUGACACCUAGGGACACCGGCAUGGUUGACAUGUGCAAGAUGCUCCGCAAUAUUCUUGAGUACGCUAUUAGCGCAAGGCUCAACAACAUCAGAGCUGCCAUCACCAGUCUGCCACUUCCUCCACCGCGGCCGCGAAGCCCGAAGCGGGCACAAUCAAGGAAGUCAAUGUCUUCGUCCGACACCAUGUCCAACUCCGCAACGCCAGUAGGGCAUCCGCUCGCUACUGCGCCGAAAUUCGAUGCGCAGCUACCGACGCCGGAAUCGUCGUCUCCACCGCUCAAAAGACUGCGGGAAGAGUAG